UAAAGGUUUGGAUUACUUGCACAAUGGAAGUGAGCCAAGGAUCAUACACCGUGAUGUGAAGAGCAGCAAUAUACUUCUAGAUGCUGACAUGAAUGCUAAGGUAUCUGAUUUUGGCCUUUCUAAGCAAGUAACUCAAUCAGAUGCAACUCAUGUUAGCACUGUUGUCAAAGGCACUGCUGGCUAUCUUGACCCCGAAUAUUAUUCCACUCGACAGCUCACAGAAAAGAGUGACAUAUACAGUUUCGGAGUCGUUUUGCUUGAACUUAUUUGUGGCCGAGAACCACUUAGCCACUCGGGGUCUCCAGAUUCCUUCAAUUUAAUCCUAUGGGCAAAGCCGUACUUACAGGCUGGUGCAUUUGAGAUAGUAGAUGAGAGCAUAAAAGGAACAUUUGAUACAGAAAGCAUGAGAAAAGCAGCUUUAAUCGCUUCAAGAUCAGUGGAGAGGGAUGCAUUGCGGAGGCCGAGUAUUGCAGAAGUAUUAACUGAGCUCAAAGAUGCAUACAGCAUUCAACUUUCCUAUUUAGCAUCCGAAGGACUGGCCAAUUGAUAAAUUAGACCUCCACUACUGCAGCUCAUAAUUAGCAAAUUUGUAGUUCCUCUAGUUGAAUCAAAUGUCACUGUAACUAUAUGCCAAGUUCUAAAUUCGUGCUCAGAAAUGUUUUAAGUUAUUGAUAAUAUAUCACAUUUAACGGUUUCCUUUUCCCA